UGAUAGGUACUGCUGGCACGAGUGGUGGUACCGUAACACUAGGCUGAUGGGAAGCACAUGAUACACAAAGUUGGCGGAUUGAGAAAUGAUUGGGUGACGAUGCACGACAGAUGGUAUGAUGAUGGAUGUGCAGGCUUUGAUCAUCGAUAGUCAGUGUUGGUAUAUGUGGCGCCGCAUGCUUGGGUAUCGGCAGUAGGCGGGACUUUGUGGGAAGUUGGCAGGCUCAUGGCCGAGUAUGUGCGCGCAUGGGCUGUUCAGAUAUUUAUGAUUAAGAAGUACUAAUAUCCGUGUUCAAAUAUUUACUAGCAAGAAGUAUUGAUGUCUUGUUGUAAAACACCUUGUAGUUCCAAUUUACAAUGAAUUUAGGUCAGAAAUAAAACAAUUUCCGUCAAAACUUUGCACUUAUGCAUAAUUGGCAAUGAAAUAAAUGAUAAAUCCAUUCCAAAUGUAUAAAGAAUUCCAUAAGCGCAUGCGUGAUGGUUACCAAACAUUCCCUCCAGGCCACCAGAAACAAAACAUAGAAAUUUAACGGUCACCUUUUCAAAACACACACCAUUUGCACUCCACAAAAACACUCCCUACUCUACAAUUUCGGCCUCAUCUUCUUCUUCAUCUUGAAGACAAGCAGUAGAUUAUUUUUCAAGAACUGGAUUUAAUGGUGAAGGUUUUGCCUAAAACAGAGAAAACAGAUCGACCCACCAAGAUUUCAACCCCAUUUUCACUGUACAGCAGGAGUCUCACAUACCGAAGGCUUCCGGAGCAGCUUCUCAGACUCUCUGUUCUCAAGUUGGACGGCUCUUCUUUCAGUUUUCACGUUGCAAGAAAUGCUACUGUGGGUAGGCUGAAAUUAGCCAUUGAGGAAGAAUUUGGCCUUACACCGAUGGAUGAACGGAAAAAAUUAUGGCCCCUUGUACGGAGCCACUUUUGUUUAUGUUAUGAAGGUCAGAAGCUAAUCAGUGACAAAGCUUGCAUUCAAAGUUAUGGGAUCAAAGACGGUGAUCAGCUUCACUUCAUCCAGCAUUUGAGGAUUGAUCUUGCACCAACUCAACAGCAACUCAAGAAUGAGAGUGUCGAGUCAAAACAGCAUUCUAAGACAAACUCUCGUGAUGCACGAGUGAAUCUUCACAUGAGCAUCGAAGAUCAACAUGUUGACCUAAAGAACUUCUACUGUGGAGAAGACUUGGCUUUUUUAGGACCAAAGUGUACUAAGUUAACUCGUUCCAUGAUCGACUUGCUGUCGUUUUCAAGAUUUCGACACUCGAAACGAGAAGCAUGGGAAGUGAAGAACUAUGGUUGAAAAGACUUCCCUUUCUUUGUAGUAUGUUUGGACAUUGAUGAAUCUUGUUUAGGACUUAUAAUCAGCUAAAGUAGUAGUAUGCAUUGAAAUAUAGGAGAAGGAUGUUUUGGAAGGUGAAGUUUGUGAAUAGUGAGGUUGUCUACUCUUAUUCAACUUUUAAUGUGAAUAUCACUCUAUCCCAUUAUU